CCUUUACGAGGAUAAACUAAAAACUCAAGACGCUACAAGAGAAGGACAUAGGACAUUUUGCUGUUUGUAAAGCAGUCGUUUCGCUUCAUCUGAACAUGGUUUACGGUGGAUAAGUUUCUUGUCGUAACUGACUAGUGUUUUCUGCAAGAAUGUCGCGAAAAAGAGAGGUGCAAAUGUUGGUACCGAAAGGAAGGCGAAGUUCAAUAGCAUGGCGUAAGAAUUCUAAAUUUUGUGGAGAGGCCCAGCUUUCCGAUGCUAUGAUCUUAGAAAUAUUUCAAUAUUUCGAUAAACGGGAGCUCGGUGUCUUGGCACAAGUGUCGAAGCGUUGGCGAAGGGUGGCUUACGACAAAUCAUUUUGGCAUGCUUUGGACUUAACGGCGUUUUCACAGAACGUGAACGAAGAGACAAUGCUUAUGUUGAUUCAAACGCGUUUGGCGUCUUCGUUGCAUUCCUUAAAUCUCGGUUCUGUUAAACUGACGGCUAAAAUAGCCAAGGAUUUAUCACGUAAAUGCACCAAAUUGAAGAGAGUUGUCAUCAAGUCCGUCUCCAUUUCUGGUGAUCCAGCAUUUUCUGGGGAGAGCAAGCAAUUCCCAGCCUCCUUGGAGUUGAUGGAUUUGAGACAUUGCCAGGGGGAUUUUCAAUUCAUAAAACGACUACCAAGGCAUUUCACAAAUAUGAAGUUCAUCGGUUUGGGUGCAAAUUCGUCGGUUAGCCUCGUCCCAACAAUCUUCAGCAAAAUGCACAACCUCAGGGUCCUGGAUUGUAACGACUGUUCCGUGAUUGAUGACCAGGCUUUAGAGAAGAUCUCUAGAAGUUGCAGACAACUCGAAUCAAUAUGUCUUAAUGAGUGCAAGAAUUUUGAAGGAAAAUCCCUUAGACCGGUGUUCGCAAACUGUCCAUCCUUAUCGACCUUCCUCAUGCGAUUCACAAAGCUGAGUGAUGAUGCAAUACUUAGGCUGAAAUGGGAAGAUACCAAACUCAGAGAGCUUGAUAUAACAGGCUGUUACUAUGUCACCACAACUGGUUUAACAACGCUCCUGUCAAACCUACCGCAUCUCACCUACUUCAAGAUGAAUCAGUGCGGCUUUCGCCAUAUCUUGAAUCUAUUGGUUUACCAAGAAAUUCGUCCACAGAACAGUUUCACCAUGCUCGAGACUUUUGACAUGCGAUGGAAUUUCCUCCUGUCAGCUGAUUGUUUGGAAUGCAUCUUACGACUCACGCCAAAGCUUCGUUACCUUGGUGUGAGCCAUUCUCCUCGUAUUUGUCCCUCAACAAUGGCGAGAAUGCUACCGCAUGUUUCAAAGUUAAAGAUUCUAGAGUAUGGACCUCUAAAGAAAGAAACACUCUCUGAUACAGACUUUGUGGAAGCUAUUGUUCAACAUUGCAAGGACAUCGAGGCUGUCUCUUUUAUCAAUUUUACUGUAUCAACGCAAGAUGAUCGGGACUUGCUCAGUCGUCUCCAGUUGAACUGUAGCAAGCUUCAAGAUAUAAAACUAUGUAACCCAAAAGUGGAAAAUGUUGAAGUGGGAACUGGUGGUGAAAUGAUAACUGUUGAGCGACUAUUGAUUAAAAUGGAAAGUAUGUUACCAACUCCAAAGCAUACACUGAAUGUUAUCACUGAGACAUUAUGUUGAUGAAAAUGCCUUCUGCCAUUAUAUUGUAGCCAUUUGGCAUUAAUGAACAACGUUAUCUGUCUAAUGAGAGACUUAAUGUGAAUUUUGUGUUGUUGUUAAUGAAUUAAUCAAUGGUCGUAGAAUUAUUGUAAAUAAAACAAAAACAUAGUAGCUUGUUUAUCAAGCUUUAAUGAAAAUUUUGAUAAAAAAAUUAUUCUAUAUAUGUUAAAGUUAAAGACAUUUCAAAAGCUUACAAAACUGCAUACAUUUUGACAAUUUUGCGUGGAAAUACAUGUGUGUAUA